AUGGGACAGACGGCAACAAACAGGGGAAUUUUAAAGAUAAGAGUGACGAAAGCAGUAGAGGAAAAAGUUAUUGUUGUUGAUAACAAGAGCCCUGACCCAAAAUACUGGAUCCAGUACACUGUUAAAGGGAGCAAUGAAGCUUGCAUUGUGCUUUAUCCAGAGAGUAAAUCAAAUAUUUUGAAUAAGGAGGGAUGGCUUUCUGACUCAGAAAUUCACGCGGAUUUAAAACUGUUGAAACGACAGUUCCCAUUUGCAGGUGGGCUUGCAGAUCCAGCUGUCAAUGGUGACAUGGUUUCACUAGAGUCCCAUGAGUUUGUACAAGUAAUUAACUGUGGUGACAACUGGGUUUGCAUAUCAACAUUUCCGGAUGUGCAAUGA